UCCAGAGCUACAAAUUUUGACAAUGCCAUCAAAGUGUUUGUCGAGUACUUCAAGUCCUCAGAAAGACUGGUGUAUGUGGAUAUCCAUGAUAAGGAUUCUGAUGAUAUCCUAUCAAGCUUGUGUGAAUUCUUUGCAGGACAGAACUAUUCAGUGCUAGGAAAUUCCAAAACGCUCAUGCUCUUCAACUUAAGUGAAAAUGACCUUGAUAUUCAAGCAGUGCUGAUGGGUGUGUCGAUAGGAGUCCAGACCGUCAAUAUGGAUGAGUUCUGUACGACUAGCCAAAAGCCAGAAGAAGCAAUGACUGCUUUGGGCCAAAAAAUGGAAGUCAUCAACCAAGAUAAUCCAGGGUCUACGGCUUUUAUUAUCAAUGCUUCUGGAAGUCCAAUAACAAAAACCUGUCUCAAUACAGAAGCAGGAAAGGCGGUGAUGUUUCAGGACAGUGAAGACGCGGACGUGACCUGCUUCCUACCAGUCUGUAUAUCCAAGAACAAGGCUCCAGUGAAGGUUCAGGCUGUAGUUUUCAACACUCAUGUGCUGCUGUUCUCCAAAGAUGUACCGAUUAAACUCUGUCGCUGGGUCGCAGCACAGCUGAAGAACAAUAAGAAAUGAACAUCAAAACCCUACCAAAAUUUAAUAUUUUAUGAGAGUUUAAUUUUUAUACAUUGUCAAAGAAAUACAGGUGCUAGCUUGAAAAGAUCAGAUGUGUUGUUUGCCAAAAUAAUCUGAGAAUUUUAAGAAUUUUCAUUAUUUUUAUGGAAGUAAUAGAUUUAAAAAAUGCUCAUACAAAUAAAUACCAUUAAGAUUUA